AUGGCUAGCCAGGGUGUCAACGUUCUCCGAUACUCGGCCCUCGUUGCCGGUCUCGUAUACGGUGUCUACCAUCAGUCGUCCAUCACUUCCCAAACCAAGCGCGCAGAAAUCGAACAUGAAUACGCACGUAAGGAGCGCCUGAUCGAGCAGGCCAAGGCCGAGUGGAAGAAGCGCACCACGCCCCAGCAGACCCAGACACAAACUAGCAGCCUCGUUACUGACAUCUCGGAUCCCAACUUCGACCUGGAGGCAUUCUUGCAGGCCAAGGCUGUUUAG